UUUGGACCAGAAAAUCCUUUUAGGACACAGCAAAUGGCUGCUCCUAGAAAUAUGCUCUCUGGAUAUGCUGAGCCAGCUCACAUCAAUGAUUUCAUGUUUGAACAGCAAAGAAGAACGUUUGCCACGUAUGGUUAUGCAUUAGACCCCUCAUUAGAUAAUCAUCAAGUGUCUGCUAAAUACAUUGGCUCUGUAGAGGAAGCUGAAAAAAAUCAAGGUUUAACUGUCUUUGAAACUGGUCAGAAGAAAACAGAAAAGAGGAAAAAGUUCAAAGAAAAUGAUGCAUCUAAUAUUGAUGGUUUCUUGGGACCAUGGGCAAAAUACGUGGAUGAGAAAGAUGUAGCCAAACCUUCAGAAGAAGAACAAAAAGAAUUGGAUGAAAUUACAGCAAAAAGGCAGAAAAAAGGCAAGCAGGAAGAAGAGAAACCUGGGGAGGAGAAGACAAUCUUACACGUUAAAGAAAUGUAUGACUAUCAAGGCAGAUCCUAUCUGCACAUACCUCAGGACGUUGGUGUUAACCUACGGUCAUCUGUGCCACCUGAAAAGUGUUAUCUUCCCAAAAAACAAAUCCAUGUGUGGUCCGGACACACAAAGGGUGUCAGUGCAGUCAGAUUGUUUCCCCUCUCUGGCCAUUUAUUGCUGUCUUGUUCCAUGGACUGUAAAAUUAAGCUAUGGGAGGUUUAUGGAGACCGGCGCUGUCUACGAACAUUUAUUGGUCACAGUAAAGCUGUAAGGGACAUCUGCUUUAAUACUUCAGGAACACAGUUCCUUAGUGCAGCCUAUGACAGGUAUCUGAAACUCUGGGACACUGAGACAGGACAGUGUAUAUCAAGAUUUACAAACCGAAAAGUACCCUAUUGUGUCAAAUUCAAUCCUGAUGAAGAUAAGCAAAAUCUCUUUGUGGCUGGGAUGUCUGAUAAAAAGAUUGUGCAAUGGGACAUUCGAAGUGGAGAAAUUGUGCAGGAAUAUGAUCGGCAUUUAGGAGCUGUCAACACCAUUGUUUUUGUUGAUGAGAACAGGAGAUUCGUGAGCACAUCCGACGAUAAGAGCCUAAGAGUUUGGGAAUGGGAUAUCCCUGUGGAUUUCAAGUAUAUAGCAGAGCCCAGCAUGCACUCAAUGCCUGCAGUGACUUUGUCUCCAAAUGGAAAAUGGCUAGCGUGCCAAUCAAUGGACAAUCAAAUCUUAAUUUUUGGAGCACAAAAUAGAUUCAGAUUAAAUAAGAAAAAAAUAUUUAAGGGCCAUAUGGUAGCAGGCUAUGCUUGUCAGGUGGACUUUUCACCAGACAUGAGCUAUGUGAUUUCAGGAGAUGGAAAUGGAAAAUUGAACAUUUGGGACUGGAAGACCACAAAACUCUACAGCCGAUUUAAAGCUCACGAUAAAGUGUGCAUAGGUGCAGUGUGGCACCCACAUGAGACAUCUAAGGUCAUCACAUGCGGUUGGGAUGGUCUCAUUAAACUGUGGGACUAAUCGGAUUAGUCCUUUAACUAUCUAGCAUCAUUUGUGAUCCAAUGUCAUAUUUAACUAUAUUUAAUUAUUCAGUGUGUUGAAUGGCAACUUGAUUUAUAGCUCGUUUUCCUUCUAUGACCUUAUGAAGUUGACCCAUUAUUUGAAGAAAAAAAGCUUUGUAAAUUUGCCUCCUGUAAUUUCAUUGGCAACUUCAUUUUGUUCUUUAUCAAUGUUAUUUAU